AUGACAUCAUCCGCGGUCCUGAACAGUCGGAAGACGAUACAUACGGCGGCUUGUCUGAUUAUCGGGGAUGAGGUGCUAGGCGGGAAGACCAUCGAUACGAAUUCCGCCUUCUUGGCCAAGUACUGCUUCUCGUUGGGGAUCCAGCUCAAGCGCGUGGAGGUGAUUGCCGACGAUGAGAGCGAGAUCAUCGAGGCCGUGCGGAGGAUGAGCAAUAACUAUGAUUUCGUCGUGACGAGUGGUGGGAUCGGGCCGACUCACGACGAUAUCACCUACGAGUCGAUCGCCAAGGCAUUCGGCCUGGGAUUGAAGCUCCAUCAGAAGGCCUUCGAGCGCAUGAAGAAACUCUCCAAGCCGCACCCCAUGCAGCCGCAAUUCGACUGGGACACCCCAUCGCCCAACCUCACCGCGAAGCUGCGCAUGGUCGAGAUCCCCCACGACAGCACCCUGCCUGAGGAGCAGCAGGCCGUCUUCGUGGCCGAGGACAUGUGGGUGCCGAUCGCCAUUGUCAAUGGCAACGUGCAUAUCCUGCCCGGCGUGCCGCGCUUGUUCGAACGACUGCUCGAGCACCUGAAGCCGUCGCUGCUCCCGCGGUUGACCAACCCCGAGGGGAAGGGCAUCUACCGGUAUCUGAUCAGCACGCCGCUCCCGGAGAGCACGGUGGCGCCGUACCUAACGGACCUGGCGACGCGGACUGCCGCGCGGGGCAUCAAGGUCGGCAGCUAUCCUCGCUGGGGGAAGAAGCGCAACACGGUCACGCUGGUCGGCACCGACAAGGACUUUAUGGACUCGUUGGUCGCGGAGGUCGAGCAGAACGUCCAGGGCAAGCAAGUGGCGCAGGAGGAUGAGCUGGACCCGCCUUCCGACACGGAGGAAGGAAAGCCGAAGGAGUACUCUCAGUGA